AAUAACUUCGAAACAAGAACAUAAAGAAGAAGAUCCAGGGUUCCCCGACGCCCAAGUACAGUCCUAAGGAGGAAGGAGUGGGAGAAGUCUGCGACGCAUGCGCAGUAUUGCACGAGCGCCCAGCUGUGCACGAACGUGAAAUGCGGCGCGGCUGGCGGUGGUGGCUGCUAGGAAAGCAAGCGAGCGAACGAGCGAGUAAGCGAGCAAGGAAAACAGGCAGAGGCUGCCCUCCUGUCUCCCCCACCCCUUGUAUGCCUCAGAGAGCCCAUGGCCUCCGUACACACGGAGGAGAGUGAGGCAGCCCCAGCCGCUCCUCACGUCAUCCGCUGAGAGAGAGACGACGGGCCUCGACACGGCGAGGAGCAAUAAUUCUAACGAGCCAAGAUGGCGGCGGACACGGUGGCCCUGUCCGCACUCACGCUCGCCAGGGGCGACAAGAUCCUCGUGACCGUCGAGUCCGCGCUACCGGACAUCGUUGUCGUGUCCUUCGUUCACGGUGCCAAGUGCUUCCAGGGCGCGUUGCUCGACGCCACCAAAAGAGGUCUGCCUUGCGGCGUGCAACCCCCGGAACCGGUGCCCGAUCCCGAUGGCGACAAAUUGGCAACGAUCGCUGCCCGUUUCAGUUAUUUUCAAGAGAGAAAGAGUUCGCUCGCCACUACGAAAGUUGAUCUUCGUAGGAACAUCAAUCCACCGGCCAGGUACAAGAAUGCGCGACCAACGGUCAGGCUCAGGCCACGUCAGGUGUUGUGCAGCAAAUGCAGAUCGAUCUGCAACGAGAACAGCGAAAACGUCGACGUCAGUAGAAAACGGAAACACGAGGAGGUGCAGCCGGAACAGCAGCAGUCGCAGCAACAACAGGUCACGGCUCAUGGUUCUACCAGAAGAAGCGAUCGUCGUUGCGGUCAGCAGCCUCAAAAAACUUCAAGAGUGCUGUUCUCCGAGUGUCAGUCUGAAAACAUCAGCAAGUCCUCGUCGUCCAGCGAUCUGAGCCCCGAUUCAUCGAAGCUUGGACCGUCUCUCAUCCCAAAGAUCUCGAGACUCCAACCAAAUGAGAUAAGCAACGCUAUGCAGGGAACUGACAAAGUAAAGAUCGGUCAGUCGUAUUGGAACAACCGUGCCGACGAGGGAGAUUCAUCGGCGAACGCGAUCGAGCCAACGGAGGAGCGUAUCGAGUCGACGGACUGCGACAGUAAUCCAUCGAUGGCGUACUGUGCUACGCCAAGGAGACUCAGUAGUUCGUCGGUGGAAAGCGCUAAGGUGCCGGAGGAAGAGGAGAAGAAAACGUUGGCGGCAGCGGACUCGACAAUGAGGCCAAGAGCCGGCCGAGUGCCGAGGAAGAAACGAUCCGUUGGAUCGAUGGAGGAUCUCUGGGACGAGACCGUGUUCGAGGACCCGACGAGAACGGCCAGAACCACACCGGUGAUUAAGAUCUCCUUCGGUGCUCAGGGCGAAGGUACCGUACUGAAGAUACCCUCGAAGAUACAAGAUCCAGAGUACGAGCAGGAGACCGACGAGGCUGAAGACGUGCAAACAGAGACGGAAAGGGAUCCGUUAGAAUUGCCGAGAACCUUUGAUAACGAUUAUGUUUAUCGCGAGGAUGGCGAGGAGGAUGGACAGGAACAGGUGGAUCCUCAGAAACAAGGCGUGAAGGAUGCUAGUGCUAAAGCGGCGAAACGAGCGUUAAAGAAAGCUAAGAAAGAAGCGAGGAGAAAGAUGCUCGGUGGUGUUUCUCCAGCUAGAUCGCCUUGCAAUGGAUCUCCACGGUACAAUCCCACGUUCGAUUCUUUAUCGUAUCAUCGCCGCAAGCAUAAAGUGAAGCAUAAAAAGAAACACAAGGAGGACCGGAAACACAAAAACCAGCAGCAUCAGCAGCCUUGCCCGGAGUCCGUUAGCACGGAGAAUCAGCAAAACUGGAACGUAUUGCCGGGCAGCGAAUCGUACACGGCCAUAAAGGAGCAGUGCCUGAAGCAGAAAUUAUCGAUAUCUCUGAAGAGAUUGAACACAAACGCUUAUGCCAGAUGUGAUUACCCCGUGAGCAACGCCUCGUCCGGUUGCAAGAGUCCUGGAGCCAGUAGCGACGAGUUGAGCGAACAGGAGCCUGAGGUAGAUGCCGGUGAAACAGCGCCAGAUUUUCCACCGCCUUCUCAUCCAUUGAUGAUGCGCCUAGCUGCGACCCCUGUCGAACAUUGCCUCACCGCUAAUGGCAGAAGAAUGGACGUCGGUGAUGUUGUGUGGGGGAAGAUUCAUGGGUUCCCUUGGUGGCCUGGAAAAGUUCUCAGUAUCACAGUUUCUUGUAAAGAAGACGGCACGUCAUCCGGACCGCAGGCUCACGUUGCCUGGUACGGUUCCUCGACGAGUUCCCUGAUGUCGUGCGAUCAGUUGAGUCCAUUCUUGGAAACGUUCAAGACACGGUACAACAAGAAGAAACGAGGCCCGUACAAGGAGGCGAUACGACAGGCGCAGAACGAAGCACGAAAUCAGAUCACGCCUAACUCGACGAGCAGCGUGUUAAACGUUUGUGGCUCACCGCGCGAGGUCAACGUUCUUUCCUAAGGGAAGGUGCACGCCACUCGACACCAUUCCUUACUGCCGGGUAUCCGUCGAUCGAGAUAAUUCAAGCGACGGAUCGAAAUCUUCAUGUAAUAUAUUACAAAUUUUGUACAUAAUGAUUAGCAUUAAUGAAAUAGCUCUUUGAUCAAUCGGUCGCGCCUGACGUUGUCCGCGACGAUUCAUGGUGAACAGGGACUCCGAAUGAAGUUUACUGCCAUCACUGGCAUGUCCUUUUCUCUUACUUUCUUUCUCUCUCUCUUUUUUUUUUUAUUUAGCUUCUUUUCGAGCGAACAUUUAGCGGGUAAGAAGUAUUUAGAUAGGGUGUAAUUUAGAGAUAAUACGUCGUUUCUCGAGAAUAAUUUCGUACUAAAGAAAAAAUGGAAAAAAAAGUUAUCCAACUUUCUACGAUAGGUACCGCAACGGGUGUCGUCGUGUUUCGUUAGUUAGCGAUACUCGUUACUUAAAUUCUUGCUGUAUACGUGAUAUAUAUGUAUACAUAUAUAUGUAUAUUUGUAUUAACGAUUUCAUUGUGAUCAUUAUCGUAAUGUGUACGUACUCUGAUCCAGUGCGGGCAGUGAAUCUUCGAUACAGUCCGCAGACGUUGAUGAAUGAGAGAACACGAUCGAUGAUGAAUGAUUGGAUGUGUCGUGUCACGUGACAGGAUCAAGAAACGUGGACAAUACCCUUUGACAAAGUGAAGUUACCCACGAAUAAUUUAACUACUUCUUUGCACGAAGAAUUGCUAAAUACCAGUGAGGUUUUUAUCGAGAACAGAAGGAACUGUAAGUUUUCAAUUAUAGAAAGAAUACUUUUAAGCAACUUAGGAUAAAAGAUUGAUUCUAGCAAUUGGAAAGAUACAAGUUACAAAUUAUAUAGUUUAUAAAUGUUUAAUAUUUUAUUUCUUUUUUAAUGAUUUUAUCUGUUGAAACGUGUUACGUUGAACGUUUGAAAGUAUUAAAGCGAGAUACUUGAGUAUGAUUAUUUUAUUAGAAACUUAUCUUUUAUGUACCGAAUACUUGAAUAUAAUAGUAGCUAAUAUUUCUAAUCAAAUACCAUUGCAACUCGUUUCCCCUUUUUGUAGUAACUUUUUUGACUACUUUAUCUUAAUACUUUCAUACAGAAUAUUGAAAGCAGCUUUUUACACUUUUAUCUUUAUUCUUCCAUUUAAAAGUUCGUUCCAAUUGCAAGGAUCAUCUUCCGUAGUCGAAAUCAAUGCAACUUCCUAAAAAAAGAAAACAAAAACGAAAUAUUAAAUUAAAUCUACUUUAGAUUUCGUUUUUCAUGCUUUAGCAGAACAGUUUACGAAUGGAACUCUUCGUUUGUUAUCUGAAAAGCAAAGUUAAGCGUUUGACAGUGAAAUACAACACGGAACUCGAGACACAAGUUACACAGAAUAUUUUUUCACUGUACACAGAUUUGUUCUGUAAUGUUUGCUAAUUCAGUUUAGUAUCGUUUCAUUCUUGAUUUACACAGGGUGUUAAAAGAUUUAAGUAUCGCAUACUUAAUGUAAUUAAAUGAAAUUGUUCCACAAUCGUUGAUUUCGAGUUUCGUGGCUCAUAUUUCACGAUCAUCCGUUUAAUUUGACAAUUUUAUUUUACGCUUCGUGCCAACACUGCCAAGGAAUGCAAUCGCUGCUCCAUUUUGAACGAAUUCGAUCACUUAAAUAAUCUUCAUCCACAGAACCCUGAGGUGAUCCUUGUCAUAAAAAUCUGGAUGAUUUAUUCAUCUGUAAUUAAUUAUCAUUAUCAUAUCAACGUUAUGGAAACGUAUAUUUUUGAAAAUUAUUGUUGAACGAAACUGGGUUCAACAGGGUGUUCCACCCCGUUGAUGAUUUAUUUCCUUUCAUUUUAAUGAUUUUAGGAAAAUAAAAUAAUUGCUUUCCGUAUCGCGACGAUUAGUACUUAAGAGUUUUCCUGCUUCGACUUUCUUUUCGCGAAGGUUUGCACUGCCUUACAGACUUUCUUUCCUUCUUUCACAUUUAAUUGACUGCGUUCGGGUACUAUCGCUCCAUGAUUUUGAAAUAAUUGCAAAAUUUUCAAGAACUCUAUCGUUCUAUUAAAAAACAAUCUUGCAGAUUGUUCAAAAUUUAAUAAGUGUAAAGAUUUAUAAGCCGUUACGUGGGUUCAUCGUCUUCAAAACUAAACCUUCUCUGCCAUAGAUAUCUUCGUUAAUUAUAAUUAUACAAAAUUCAUCGAAUGGUAUUUUCGAAACGAAUCAUUUCUACUAUAAAAAAAAAACAAUAUGGAGCGAAAAUGAUCGAACGAAAUAGUAGAUAAAUAAAUGAUACAUAAAUGUCGAAAUGAUUUAGCGAAUGGGUGCAUAUGGGAGAGCAAGAAGGAAGCGAUAAACUGAGGUGUUUUUUAAGUAACUGUGAUUUUUUCAAAUGUUUUAUAUUAUAUACAUAUAUAUAUAUACAUGUGACAUAAAUAUGACGAAUUAAUUUCUAACGCAUAAUAUAAAGAAAAGAAAACUUGUUGUUUCGAUGUCGCUGUGUUUAUAUACGAACAUCAUCGUAGAAAAUGAUUCGUUCAAUUAACAUAUCGAGUAGAGGCGAACUAAUUGAUUCAUCGUAACUCGAUUCUUGAUCAUCGAAUCAGGAUCGUUAUUAUUAUUAGCUAUGUGCGAGUGAUGCGUUGCCUAAAAAUAAGAAAAUAACAUAAAAAAAAAAACAAAAAAAAAGUUCUUUACGAAUGAAGUUCCAUUGUCGAUUGCUUGCAUUGUAAAAAGAGCCUCGUGUCAUCGCUGUCGCGUAUUUCUUCAUUGUGUAUUUAGCGACACGUACACACGACCACACGUACACAAUUUCACACACAUACACACACACGUUUACACAUAGCUUAUGUGUUCAUUAUACUUUUUGUCGAAAGGAUCGUCGUUCGCUGGUGUCGCGACUAUUGGUCGAUCAUUUCAGUCUAUUUUCUUUUCUUACAUAUCUUUUUUAGUCGAGCUAACGAAUUGUACAUAGAGAGAAAAUGAAUCCCUAGAGUUUCAGACACUUUUUAGACCAAGCUUUUUCUAUUUUGACAAGAAGGAACGUCAUUCAACUAAGCUCUUCUGAUUUUUAUCAAAAUUGACGUCUUCAGAGAGACACAUUUUAAAUUGCAAACUUUUAUAAGCAUCUUUGAAAUUAGAAGGAGACAGUUGGAUGAUCCUGUUCAUUAGUCUAAUUUAGUACUUAAUCGACAAUAGAGAAUGUUAUCGUUGUUCAAUCUUCAAGGUGUGAACGUCUUUCUAUUUUCAAUAAAAUGUAUUUCCGAUUUUUACACUCUUGAAGUGAGAGAAAUAGUAACGCUAAUAGAUGGAAUCGUUAACAAAGCUGACUGCCAUAAAGGGUCACCGGUAGGGUUGUAAAAUGUCGAAUAGUUGAACUAUUCGAAUACAACGAAUAUUCGAAUUGUAUCCAGGUACAUUUCGAAUGUUCGAAGUAUGUAAUUUUCGAAAGAUCUGUUUAAUUUGCAAUACCAGCUGCUCGUUUGCAAUCUUAGUCUGAUUUUAAACGAAUACAGUAGACGAAGGGGUGAGUCUGAUACAUACAGAGGCGCGUGUAUCUUUUUAUCUCGACGAUAAAUACUAAUAAUAGUUGAUGUCAGGUGUUUUUGUAACUUUUCGAAGGCAUCGACCACGUAUCCCAAUAAAAGGGAGCCAUGAAUAUUUUCGCAAACACAGUAUUUUAGUCUGUACAAGUGCAAAUUCCAUAGGACAACAUUUCGGUAGCGUUUGUAAAAAAAAGAAAAAAAGAAAAAAUACAAAAAAAAAAUACAAAAAGAUGUCGAAUAAAGAUAUAUAGAUAUAUAUAUUUUUUUUAUCAAACAAUACACACACGUACACACGAAUAAUGUAAUAGUUUAACGAACGAUACAGCUUUUUGUAAAUUUCGAGAACGACAUCGCUGCGGUAGCAUCCUCUCUUUCAUUUUUUUGUAUCUCCGUUCUGUUGCGAGGGUGCGUUGCAAUAAAAUUGAAUUUUUACGUAUCCACCUGGAUCGAUUCGCAAAGGGAAAACACGAAUUUGCAAUUUUCAAAUCAGAGUAGGGCAAUCAGAGUAAAAAAAAAAUUUGUUCACCCCCCUGUUGGGCAAUUAUUUUUGCACCACUGUUUCGAAUAAUUCUUUUUCUAUUUCCCUUUUGAAUAAAAAAAAAUGUUACACAAUAUUAUUCGGAGAUAAUAAUUUUUCAAAGGGCAAAGAUCGAUCCAACUAUCCACGUGCACGAACGUAAUCGUUAUCAUCAGCGUGAUCAUCGCAUUAUCUCUGAAAAUGUCCAGCAUUACCUGAACCCAUUACUGUCAUCAUUCUCCUAAACGCUAAGUAAAAUAACGUUCGAACCGCGUUAUCGUUUCCAUGUGUCCCCUGUUAAUGCUCCGUCACUAACCCCUGUCGAUUAUGGAACAGGGGGAGGAAAAAAGAGAACAGGCUUUUUUCAUUAUCUAGAUGAUCUCAUUUUCUACGUACAAGGUGUUCUCAAACGAAGAAAAAAGUAACAUGCAAAGAUUUUUGAUAGCUUUUGACAGAAAAGUUCAUUUUUUGUUAGAUAUUAAUAAAAUAUUCACGAUUUUGCGUGUUGUCCUUGCAAAAGGGUCACAGGAGUCUUUAUUUCGUUCCAAUUUUAAUACAUUUACUGGUAGGACAUAAUUAACUCAAACUUAACUGUCUAAUUUGCAUAGAAUUAAUUAAUGAUUGACGAGGACUCGCAAUUUCAUUGAUUUUUCAUUACUUCUCUGUUAUUAGUUUUCUAAUUAAAGAAGGAGAUGUUAUAAUUAAGUUCGAUGAAUCCAUUUAGGGGUCUAUAAAUUCGUAAAAUUCUGAAGAAUCUUGAAUAAAUUCCGUAGAACGAUAAAAAUCAAGUAUGCUAAUUAUUCGAAAAAAUAAUAAUAACAUUAUUGGUUUGAGAACACGUGCGGGAUAUAAUGAUUGUUAGGGAAAUGUAAUCAAUGCUGAAACGUGUGUUCAAUUUAAAGCUUCUGUCACGAUUAUUUCUUAUCAUUGCACGGCCGAGGAACACCAAGUUUACUCGUUUCGCAAUCAGUAGCUAUCAUGAGCUCGCUGGGAGCGAGAUGUGCCCCGACAAUUGAAUAAUUGAAUCGCGGUUAAUACGAUAACACGUUGAACGAUUAAACGAAGCAUCGUCGUGUGAAAGCAUUUCGAGAACGUGACGUUCCGUGAGAAUAUCGUGUGUUUUAGUGGAUUAAACGCGUUGAUUACCAUAGCGAAAGCUUUUAGUUUGAGGGAUAAACGCGGAAGAAUGGGUCUAAACCGGAAGAUCGAUUGAUUUUCGACGACUGUACUUGGAUAUUUUUAGAGUGAGUUAUCAGUGUUAUUUAUCAGCGUUCGAUUACCAGUGUCUAUAUAAUCGAAGAAGCGUUAAUUGCUUCGAUUGUUUCGUCUUGGAAAAUCAUCUUCCAUUGCCGCUGUUGUUUUUAAAACGAAUUAAUUUGUGAAAAUUAUAAAUUGUUACGUUUAGUUGUAUGGACUGAAGAGUCCGGUUUGUCUUGUUCAGUCAGAAGUUACGUUGAAACGAAAUUACAUCAUUAUUCUUGCUAACUGAUAAGAAUUACUCGAUUGUAUAUGAAUAAACGAUUCUUGUAACGAUUUUGUAAAUCA